UGCUUUUCAUUCCGUCUUAGCAUUUAUUUUAAUACGCAUCUUAUGCGUGAGCAGGAAGUGACGAUUACGUCAGGGGCAAAUCCUCUUGCUGAAGUGUGUCGCCGCCUGUGAAGUGUCUGCAUAUUGUUACACUCACUUAGGAAGGCAGUAUGCUUCCCACCACAACCUAUUCUCCCCAGAGUCAUGGAAAUGGCACUGUAAACUCUAGAGAUGCUGCACGUCACACAGCAGGAGCAAAGAGAUACAAAUAUCUACGGCGGCUCUUCAGGUUUCGGCAGAUGGACUUCGAGUUUGCCAUGUGGCAGAUGCUGUACCUUUUUACAUCACCACAAAAAGUUUACAGAAACUUCCAUUACAGAAAACAGACAAAAGACCAGUGGGCUCGAGAUGAUCCAGCCUUUCUAGUCUUACUUAGCAUCUGGCUCUGUGUCUCCACUGUCGGUUUUGCUUUUGUACUGGAAAUGGGAUUUGUCCAGACAAUAAAGCUGCUUCUGUGGGUUGUUUUCAUUGACUGCAUUGGUGUUGGGCUUUUGAUUUCUACUUUAAUGUGGUUUAUUACCAACAAAUACCUAAUGAAACAACAAAGCAAGGACUAUGAUGUGGAGUGGGGAUAUGCUUUUGACGUGCAUCUCAAUGCUUUUUACCCUCUACUCAUCAUUCUGCAUUUCAUUCAGCCAUUUUUUAUCAAUCAUAUUGUAUUUAUAACGGAUGAAUGGUUCCUUGGAAGCUUUGUGGGAAACACCCUUUGGCUUAUUGCAGUGGGCUACUACAUCUAUAUAACUUUUCUUGGAUAUAGUGCAUUACCAUUCCUGAAGAACACGGUCAUCCUCUUGUACCCCUUUGCCCUGCUGGUUUUGGUGUAUUUCAUUGCCUUUGGGCUGAGAUGGAACUUCACUGCUGCACUUUGUAACUUCUAUCGCAUCCGAGUAUAGAAGAAUCAAAAGACGUCUUUGACUUCAGAACUAAGUGCUGCUUUAAGAGAUUUUUUAGCAGCAGGGGUCUGCCCUUCCUGUAAAUCUUGUAGAUAUCUCUGUAUAUUAUAUACAUAUUGGAUUGUUUUCACUGUAAAUGUAUUUGGGAUACUGGUAUGAUAAGGACAUUUUGUAUGGUUUUGGACUUGAGUGGCUCAGAUUAAUAUAUUAUCCCUUGUAAUUAGUGUACUAUAAUUGACACUGUACAUUCCUGUCAGUCACAUUUUUAAUUUGAAUAAAAAUACAUGUGACUAGUAU